AUGCGCAAGCAGGCAGGACCGGCGGUUGACGUGGCGCAGCACGGCGCAGGUGCGGUGAGGCGAUCGUCGGAUGGCACCAUGGCGGAUCUUGAAAGCAAGUCGCCCAUUCGGACACCGAGACUCAAGGGGACGAUGAGUGACGCAACGCAUCAAGCCAAGCCUCGCACUGGCUCGGCAGCCGGGCCACUGCCAGCACACAAGGGAGGGAUCACCAGGGGGCGGUUUCAAGUGAUAGAGGGCGACCAGUCGGACAGUGAGUCCGAUAUGUCGCCCUGGCCCUCCGCCACCACCCCCUCAGGCACCCCAACAGCAGCGCCUGCCGGAUCCUCAGGUCCCUUGCUUGGCCCAUCGCCCUUCACUGCAGCUGCAGCAACAGCCGCUUCUGCCGCUCAUGCAGCAGCGGCAGCGGCGGCGGCAGCUGGUGCAAGUGGUUCAGGGGGAGGGGCAGCAGCAGCAGGGAAGGGGGCCACGCCAUCAGCAGUGCGGCGCAUCUCCACAGCCGGCAGCGCGUCUUCCUCCUCUAGCCCCUACUACUCGCCCGCCUCGCGCUCCCCCACCGCCCCUCCCCACACUGCUGCUGACCUGCGCAACGGCCCGCUGCCUGGCUUUGCGGGCUCGUUGCGCUUUGAGGGCGGCAGUGGCGGGGGCAGCUGGCGGGGCACAGGGGGAAGCAGCGGCAGUGCGAGCGGCGUGGAUGCAGGGCAGAGGAGCACCGGCAGCGGUGGCAGUGCGUUUGAUGGCGGGCAGCAGCGCACGGGCAGCAGUGAAAGCCUGUGCAAAGAGGUGAUGAAACCAGGUAGUAGCAGCGGCGGUAGUGCAGCGGGGAGAGGGGUGGGAGGGGCGUGGGAGAGGGGUCCAGGUGCAGAGGCGGGUGACGGAGGUUAUUUGGGUGAGGGGUAUGCGAGGGGAGAGCAGGAGCGGGUGGUGGAAGAGUGGGCAGGCAAGGAGGGCGCGAGGCAGGACGGGUGGGCGGGUGCAAGGGAUGUGAGAGACGGCGGCGGGAGUGGCAGGGACGGGGCAGCAGGCAGGGAGGGAGCGGGACGGGCCAAGGCGCGCAGUGAGCCGCUGGUUGGGGAGAAGGCUGCUGCUGCUGCUGGCGUGGGAGGGGCCAGGAGGAGUGCACAUGUGGACAUGAUCGACAGGAGCCAGCGAGAGGAAGGGCCAGCAGCAGCAGCAGGCAGUGGUGGUGUGCGCGGCAAGGCACCAGGGUCCAUGGUCUCUCGCUCCGCUCCCCUCCCACACCCGCAAGCAGCUGCUGCUGCCUCCAGUGGUACUCCAAAGCGAGGGGCUGUUCCCACAGGCGACGGACAGGACAGGUGGAAGGAGAGGCCCCUGCGUGAUGAAAGGGGGCGCGAGGAAAAAGGGCGGGAGGAGAGGAACCUGCUGGAUAGAGAGGCGGAAGGCAGGAGGGCUGGUGGGGUGGACAAGGAUAGGAAGAGUGGGGGCAGGGAGUGGGAGGCGAGGAAGAGUGAUGAGAAGACAAAGGAGAGGAUGGGUGAGGAGCGAAGUGAGCAGGGGCGAGGGGGACAAGAGGGCAGGCGGAAGGAGGAAAGCGUUGGGAAGGAGAGUGCACAGGCAGGGAGGAGCCGGGAGGAGAGGGGGCGGGAGGGGGAGAAGGGAAUGGAGAAGGGAAGAGAGGAGGAGAAGGGCAGGCAGGAGAGGGAGCGUGGGCAGGCGCAUGGGCGGGGUGUGGGGCGAGUGGGCGUGCAGCGCAGGGGGCGAUUCUCUGUCACCACCGAUGAUGUGGACGCUCAGGACGGAGUGCCGCCCACGGUCGUGUACACAGCCAGCAUGCACCGGCCCCACCCUCAGGCGACGCGCCUGCUUCCCCCAGGCAUGCUCUUUCCGCGUGCGCCUCUCGCCAUACAUCCGCCUGCUGUCUGCACGCCGCCGCCUCUCCUCCCUGCGCGGCGCAUCUCCGCCCAUCAGGCCACCUCCCGUCCGCCCCUACCAGCACCGGCACCACUGCUGCCAUCGCCCGUUGCAGUGCCGCCAACAUCGCUGCCGGUCCUGCCCGCUGCCCGUGUGGCGGAUGCACUGCUAGUCGUGCCGCACCUGCGCACCCUGCUGCAGCACUCCUGCGAACAGCAGGAGGUGCUGUUCAACCUCAUCAAGGAGCUUGCUGCUGCUCACCCAGUGGUGAGCACAGCACAGCAGCGACCUGUGCUGCUGGCAGGCAUGCAGGUGAAGCUGCCAACGGACAAGGAGCAGGUGCUCAUGCUCAAGAUCGCCGAGAUGCAGUGCAAGGUGGCGAAGCUGAUAGACAAUGUGCUCACAUACCGCAAUCGCAACGCUAAGCUGUUGCAGCAAGUGGAGGUGUUCAAGCAGAGGCAGAAGGAGCGCAGGCAGCACCACAGCGGCACGCAUGACCUGCAGGGAACAUCGCAUGUGUAG